AUAUGCACAUAAUUGAUGACCUAAUUGAAGUGCGGGAGGAGGAGAAAAGUUGACUUGUUCCUCCUGCUCACAUGCAGUCCCAACACAGCUAAGGGCAUUGAUGUGACCCGAGAGGCUUUCAGCUUUUUACUCGCACUUCUUUUCCCCCUUCACACACGGAGCACAAAUCCACCUUCUCACCUUUAGUUUAGCGCGUUUCCUUUUCUGUCACUCCCUUUUUCUUUUUGGGAGGGCACCGUUAAUUCCGCUUGAAACACGAAUUAAAGCUGUUCAGAAGAAAGGAGAGAGAAAAAAAAAACCAAAAAACGUCUUCACCGCCUCACCGCGCCACGUCAAGUUGAACGACCUUCACCGGACUGUCACUGCAGCCGCAACCCUCCUUGGGCCACUCUCACCCGGCCAGCAAGCACUCGGCGCCGCGGCAGCAUCCUCAACAUGAGCCUCAAGACGGACACGGAGCCGAACAAUAAUGUCUCCAUGGAGGAGGAGGUACGAACACUGUUUGUCAGCGGCCUACCAGUCGAUAUCAAACCACGGGAACUGUACCUUCUUUUCAGGCCAUUUAAGGGUUAUGAAGGGUCACUGAUUAAGUUAACAUCAAAACAGCCUGUCGGGUUUGUAACAUUUGACAGCCGAUCUGGAGCUGAAGCUGCAAAAAAUGCUCUAAAUGGUAUCCGUUUUGACCCUGAAAGCCCUCAGACCCUGCGCUUAGAGUUUGCUAAAGCCAACACCAAGAUGGCAAAGAGUAAGCUGAUGGCCACACCGAACCCCACAAAUAUCCACCCUGCUCUAGGAGCACACUUCAUUGCACGGGACCCAUAUGAUCUGACCGGGGCAGCGCUGAUCCCAGCCUCCCCGGAUGCGUGGACCCCUUAUCCACUGUACACAACAGAGCUGACCCCUGGUCUCCCUCACGCAGCCUUCACUUAUCCAGCGGCUGCCGCUGCUGCCGCAGCCCUCCACGCCCAGGUGAGGGACCAACCGAUGCGCUGGUACCCUACUCCUUCUGAGACUUCCCAGCCUGGAUGGAAGUCCCGGCAGUUUUGUUAGAUAUUUAGCGCCUGGAAACCACACCUUUGUCCGGUUGAAGUGAGGUUGGCCAAGCUCCUUAAUUUAAUCAGGUUAAUUUAAUGGACAAAUGUGCAUUAGAAACAGUAUUUAUAUCUCUGCCAAUUGUCUGUGGGGGAGUCAGGGUUAAAAACUAUCUUGCUGUUCAGUCUCAAUGUGCCCCAUUUUGGGGCACAUAUAAUCACUUGCUAGAACCUUAAGCAAGCUAGUCAGAGCUUCAUGGAUUAUCAUUGCUGAAGAAAAUUAACACCUUGAAGUUGUAAAGAUGAUCCCUCUGUGGCAGACAGUUGGCUUCAGGCAUUUUAGAAGUGUGAAGUCAUUGCAUGUUCAAGUUUUUUGGCAUGAAUUUAGAACAUAGUUCUGUGUAUUCUAAUUUUCUUAGUUUGCGUCUUUACCUUGAUCUGGAUAGCAAAACGUUUUUCCAGUAGCUCCUCAGCCAUACCCGUCAAAGCUCGACUGUUGUUCAAUGGCUUAGCUCGCAUAGAUCUCGUGAAGGCAUCCCCAUGUUCUGACAAUCCCUAGUUUCAUAUCAGUGUCAUUAUUUGAGAAUAAAGUACAAGUAUUUUUGUACUUUUUGUGUAAUGUGUAUAUUUAUGCAUUUUUGUGCAACUAAAUAAUGAACAUGUAUAAGUUGAAUGUUUAGUCGUCUGUGUUUUUGGUGUUUAAUUUGUGUUCCUAUAAUCCUGCUAAAAUAGUUUUAGAGGAAAAGUGCAAUUUGUUUAAAUGAAAAGUGGGUGUCUGUCAAAAAUGUAGAAUUCUGAAUAUGGUGUGCCAUUCUGCUAAAAUGAGAGUGCUGUGAAACGAUCUUUCAGAAUGUGAAACUGGACAACAGAAUUUGUGGGAGACAUUUUGAAAUGGAAGCAGGAUUGUAGGGGAGGAAUUUAGUUUGGUUUAAGAAACAGUUGUCUCUGUAUCUGCUGUGCAUAAGAUGUAAACAAAUACUCUUAUGAAUAAAAGAAGUGAAUGCA